UCGAGAUGGACAAGUUUUGUGAGGACAGAGUGAAGGUGCCAUUUGGGACAAAGCAUCUGGAUGCCGCCCUGUGCACCCCUGCCUCCGUGGAACAUCCUCUCACAGCCGUCAUACUCACUCAUGGUGCUGGAGGAGACAUGAACUUCAAACAUCUGGUUUCUCUGGCUCACGCUCUGGCCUCAAAUGGCUUCCUCUGUCUCCGUUUUACAUGCAAAGGUUUAAACCUGGCUUAUAGAGUGAAGGCUUACCAUGCUGUGUGGAACUACUUAAAAUCUCUGCAGAAGUUUACCAUAAAGCACAUAUUCAUUGGAGGCAGGUCAAUGGGAUGUCGUGCUGCUGCGGCUGUAGCCAGGCAACUGAGCGAUGAAUCAGAGGAUGCUGUUCAGGGUGUGAUCUCCCUGUCGUUUCCCCUGCACCCCCCAGAACAGACAGAUGCACAUCGACAGCGGAGUGAAGAUCUUAGGGGGCUGCCCGAACACAUGCCACUGCUGUUUGUAUCCGGCACAGAGGACAACAUGUGUGACAGAGGCCUUUUUGAUGGGAUGAUAAAAGAAAUGAAGGCUCAAGCCGAGGUUUUCUGGCUAAAUGGAGGCAGCCAUGGGCUGAAGGUGAAGGGAAGGUCGGAGGAGUCGGUGUUGGAUGAAGUGAACUUACAAGUCAUCACCUGGAUGCGUAAAUUGAGAGAGAUAGACUGAUUUAUGAUU